AUGGUGUGGACUGAUCAACACAAUGAAGUUUUAUUGCAAGAAAUGUAUUUGUUUGAACCUUGGAAGUACAAAUGAAGAAGUAAGCAGCAAGUUCAGGUUUGGGAGAGAAUAAGUGAGUCCUUAAAUGAGCAUGAAUCUCCCAGGUUUACUGUGAAUCAGAAAUCUGUACACAAUCACUACAUCUUGCUAGAGAAAGAACAAAAGAAGAAAAUAAGAGAAGAAGAAAAAGCCGAUGGGAUUUUGUAG